AUGGGGCAUACAGCCCAAAAGCAACACACGGUGACCGGUCACCAUGCACUUAAUGAGUGGAGACAUAAUGUCGACAAAUUGAACAAAGCGCAGAACGCAGACGCAGAACGCGUGCAGAAAGUCACUAGAAAUGCUGUUGAGAUUCGACGAAUCGAAUCAAGGAGUGAGCGUAUCAAACAAUUUCAAGUCACCAUACGCCAGGGAGCAUCAAUUAAAAAUGAUAAGGGGGUGGUUCAUUCAAACCAUCAAAUGGCGGCCAACCUCGAAAGAAGCGAAGAAGUCGAUUUUGCUGUCAAAGCAGAAUCCUGA